AUGGCUGCUGCCACCUCCAUCCACGACUCCACUGUCAAGGAUGCAAGCGGCAAAGAUGUGCACCUGAGCACAUACAAGGGGAAGAAGGUUCUCAUCGUCAACGUUGCAUCGCAGUGUGGUUUGACCAAUUCCAACUACACAGAGCUUGGCCAGCUAUACGAGAUGUUCAAGAACCAGGGUUUUGAGAUCCUUGCGUUCCCAUGCAACCAGUUCGGUGGGCAGGAGCCUGGCACUAACGAGGAGAUCGUCCAGUUUGUUUGCACUCGCUUCAAGGCCAAGUACCCAAUUUUCGACAAGGUUGACGUCAACGGAGACGACGCUGCACCCAUCUACAAAUUUCUGGAAUUUAGCAAACUCACC